AUGGUAAUCGAAACUGAGGCACAGCCGCCGUCCGAGACCAGCCCGCUGCUUGGGCACCAAAACGGCACCAUCAACAGGAGCAAUACCAAUGCCGGCAACGGCCAGGCCGUGGACCCAGAGAACACUCAAACACCGCCAGAUACAGGCGCCGACGAGAUCGCACUGGCCGAGGAGCCGAGCACGAAGAAACUCGUCGCCGUCAUGGCAGCGAUAUGGACGGGUGUAUUUUUCGCUGCGCUAGAUACCACUAUCGUCGCCACGCUCACGGGCCCCAUCUCCUCAUCCUUCAACUCCCUCUCGCUCCUCUCCUGGCUUGCAACUGGCUACCUCAUCGCCAACUCCGCCUGUCAACCUCUCUCUGGCAAACUAACUGACAUCUUCUCCCGGCGCACCGGCCUCAUAUUCUCCAAUGUCUUCUUCGCACUCGGCACGCUAAUCUGCGGCUUGGCCCCCGACGCCGGCACCAUGAUCGCGGGACGCAUCAUCGCAGGCAUUGGCGGCGGCGGACUGACCUGUAUCACGACCUUCGUUACCUCGGACCUGAUCCCGCUUCGCCGCCGCGGUCUCUGGCAAGGGUACGGCAACUUGGUGUACGGGCUCGGUAUGGGCUCCGGCGGUGUCAUCGGUGGCGUGUUAACGGACAAACUAUCAUGGCGAUGGGCGUUCUUGUUACAGUUGCCCUUCAUCGUGGUGUCGACCGUUAUGGUGUUUUUCCUCGUGGACAUACCCGUGAACCCGAGCACGAAGCCAGCGCUGUCACGGAUUGAUUUCCUGGGUUCCUCGCUCCUGGUGACCUCGUUGGCGCUCUUGCUCCUGGGUUUGAAUACGGGCGGCAACCAACUUCCCUGGUCGCAUCCCUUGAUUAUUGUAUCGUUGGUGCUCUCGUGCAUCAUUCUCGGUGUGUUCAUGUAUCUCGAAAAUCGGGAAGAGUGGGUUCCUGAACCCGUACUGCCCGUAUCUCUGAUCACGCGGACCAAGACGGUCCUCUCGGCCUGUCUGGCAAAUUGGUUCAGCACCAUGUCCGCCUUCCUGGCCCUGUACUACGUGCCACUGUACCUGCAGAUCCGGGGCCUGAGGGCCACGGCGGCAGGACUACGCGUAAUCCCUUUUGCGGCAGCGAUGUCGUUCGGUAGUCUGGGGUCCGGCUACCUCAUGCGCGCCACAGGCCGGUAUUACUGGCAAAUGGUGUGUGUGAUGGUAAUAUUUGUCAUGGGCGCAGCCUUGCUGUGCACAUUUCGCCUCGACUCGCCCGCGUGGACAACGUAUAUUUACGUGAUGCCGCUGGGUCUGGCGUACGGGGCCAUGCUGACCAUCACGCUGGUGGGCAUGAUCAGCGCCGUUGACCACGCACAUCAAGCCGUUAUCACUGCCGCCAGCUAUGCGUUUCGCUCCACGGGGUCGACGAUCGGUAUCACGAUUGCGGGUGCUGUUUUCCAGAAUGUCCUCACAAAAGAACUCCGCGACCAGUACGGCGAUAUGCCUGAUAGUGAGGACGUCAUUCGUAAGAUCAAGGACAGUCUCGAGGGAAUCAAGCAUUUACCUGCCGGUUGGGACAAAGGUGUGGUUUUGGACGUUUAUAUGGAUGCGCUGAGGGAUGCUUUCAUCGCCGGGCUUGGGCUCGCGAUAUUGGCUGCCAUUGCAGGUUUGGGCAUGAAGGAACAUGUCUUGCACAAAAGCCUGGCCAGGAAAUAG